AUGCCCGUCGACGUCAACCGCCCCACCGAUACCAAGCUCAAGGAGGCCGACAUCAACCGCAAGCUCCAGAUCUACGGUAUCAUCAACGCCUUCCAGCAUGGCAAGGCCCCCUCGAACGAGCAGAUUGAUGUCGCUCUAAACAGUUUCCUUCAAUCCAAGAUCCUCGGCAAGCCUCAUGAGAAGCUCUCUGCCGACGGAAAGACGCUCGUCAAUGACACCCGCGACGUCGUCGAGAAGGCCAAGGACCUCUUGCUCACCAAGAACGAGGGCAACCUCCUCCAGGACUUCAUCUGGCAGACUCGGGGCUACGACUACAAGAGCGUCAAGGGCCCCGAGAGCACCCUCAAGAGGGACGAUGCCAAGCGUGAUGGCCAGGAGGCCCUCCAGGGUCUGAGGACUCUGGGUACACUGCUCGUCACCAACGGCCAGUUUCGCAAGCUGCUCAAGGAUUCUACCGUGCUCUUGCGUGAUGUCGCUGCCGAUGGUGCUACCAGCGCUGCCGGUCGUGCUCGCCCCAAGGAUGAUGCCCUCGCCCAGCUCGACCAGGCUGCUGCCGACAACACCUGGCACGAAGCCCCCAACCUGUCCAAGGAGGCAUGGAAGGCUAAGAAGGACAAGUACUACGCAAGCAAGCCCAAGGAGGAUGCCUCGGAUGUCGCCAAGGACGUCAAGUCGUCUGCUGCCAACAACGACUCUGCCGAAAAGGCUGCCGACGAUGCUGCCAAGAAGAGCAAGAACAAGUUCGGAAACAGGCUCUCGCCUGAGGCCCAGGAGAAGCUCAAGAAGCGCCAUGAGGAGUACCGCCAGAGGGCAAAGGAUUACUACAACAAGAAGAUGCCCGCCGAGCGCAGAGAUCAGAUCGUAUUCCGCCUCAAGAAGAUGAUACUUGAGUGUCAGCAGCACCCCGACUAUUCCCAGGCUAUCCAGACCCUCCUCAAGCUUGCCGAAAACUACGGCAACCACGGCUCUGCCAUGGGUAAGUCGGUCGGUGGCAGCGCCGGCCAGGCUCGCAACGGUUUCGCCGCUGCCGAGGCGGACCUGCGCACACUCCUCGAGCGCUCUGCCAACGGUACCUCGACUAGCGACCUCUGGGAGUCCAUCUCCCAGAUCUACAAGGCCGCCCGCAAGGAUGACGAGCUGAGCGGCUGGUUCAAGAAUGUUGACACCUAUAUCCGCCGCUGCCUCCUCGAGGAUGGCUACGUCCUCGAGAAGUCCUCCAAGGAGGAUGGCGACGCCCUCUAUGAAAAGGGCAAGUACCUCCUCCGCGAGAAGUACCGCAGCCAGUUUGACCGCGUCGUCGAGGAGGUCAAGUUCCUCGGUGGCCAGUUCGACAAAGACCCCCAGAACAAGGCCUUUGCCGUGUCGGUGCAGAAGCUCUUCAACGACCUCGGCCAGGGCGAGGAUGGAAAAUCCGCCUUCAAACCCCACCUGGUCAAGGACUUGACCGAGGUCAUCAUCCCCGGAAUCUUUGAGAACGUUGCUUACAUUCCCAUCCCUCGCAUCGAGUACUCGGACCCCCAGUUUGAUGCCGUCAUCGAGAACCUGGUCCUCGAGAGCGACAACUUCGCCCCCAACGUCUUUGAGCUCGCCAGCGACAACCAUUGGCGCUGGGGCCGCAAGAAGCUGGGCAGUAGCAACCGCAACAUGAUCGACAUCAAGGUUUCCGGCAUCCAGAUGGAUCUGCGCGACGUCAGCUACCACAUCAAGCGCAAGCAGGGUUUCCCCAGCAUCACCGACACUGGUGUCUUCGACCUGAUCCUGCCCGGCAACGGCUUCUCGUUCCGCAUCAAGGCUUCCACCGCCGACAAGAAGGAUACGCAGCAUUUCUUCAAGGUUGACAAUGUCGAUGUCGAUUUCAAGUCGCUGCAGUUUAAGGUGAAGCAGUCCAAGUACAAGCUCCUCUUCAGCCUCUUCAAGCCCAUCGCCCUCAGAGCGAUGCGCCCCGCCAUCAAGAAGGCGGUCGAGAGUGCCAUCAAAGACCAAUGCAACGAGCUCGACGCCUUCCUACACAAGGUCAAGCAGGAGUCAGACAAGUCAACGCUGUCCGACAAGAAGGAUGAGGCUCCUUCCAACAAGUACAAGCGCUACUACGAGACCUUCCAGAAGAUGAUGACGGAGAAGAAGGAGAAGGCUGCUAAGGAGAAGGAGGGCAAAACGUCGGACAAGAAGGUCAAUAUCGCCAUGACUAUGGAGGAUAGCAUCUUCCCCGACGUGCGCCUGCCCUCUGGCAUCAGCACCAAGGCAACCGAGUACAAGGAUCUAGCCCGCAAGGGCGACAAGUGGGAGAGCCCCGUAUUCUCGGUCGGCAAAGCGCAGAAGAGCUCCAAGCUGCCUUCGGCCCCUCGCAUCGAGCGCAAGUCGCGUGCCGCUCUCGGCGGCGGUGCCAGCAACGGUGCCAGCAACGGUGCCAGGAAUGGCGGCGGCUACACCAGCUCACUCGACCCCGGCUCCAACGGCGCCAACUAUAUCAAUGGCACCGCCAACAACAAGUACGCUCAGGACGCCACCAACGGUGUCACCAACGGUGCCAAGAACGGCGCGUCCGCCAUCAACGCUCUGUAA